AGAAGCCACCCUGAAGAUCUGGAAUAGACUCCUUCGGUCCCCCAAUACUGACCUAUAGAUCUCCAUUAUUGACCUCAAGACUUCGGUUAUGUUGGGGACUCUGCAAAAAAUGCUCCAGACAGGAAAGAGGCCUGCAUGAUUGACAGUCUCCUGGGAUGACGUCACCAGAAAGGGUGGGGUCUGUGGAGCAGGCAGUACCCCAUGCCUCAGCUAUUCCCAACCCUGCCUGUAACAAAACCCAGAGAAGCAGAGGCCAGGCUAAUGGAGGCUAUGUAGAGUGAGGACUGCAGCAGUGUCUCCUGGAUCGUCAACCCCCAGCACAGGAUUUAUCCACUAUCUGGACUUUAUAAAACCUGACCUGAUGAUGUUACCAAGUCCAGUCACCUCCACACCAUUCUCUGUGAAGGACAUUCUCAACAGGGAGCCCCAGGGGCAGCAGCCACCCCACUCCAGGGGGCACCUGGCACAGGAUCUGGAGGCUGAGUUCAGCCAGGCUGCAUGCAUGCUGGGGGACAGAUCUGUCUACACAGACAGCAAUGACAAAAUCUCCUACCUGAACUCUAUAGGGACAGCAGAGGGCCAUGGAGAGGUAGGGAUCUCUCCUGAAGCCUAUGUACAUGCAGCUCUGGACAACUGUACCCCGAAAGAAGAGGAGGAUGAGGAGGAAGAAGACUCUCUCAGGGACAGGGGUCACAAAGCUUGCUUUCUGAAGAAAUCCCCCCAUGAUGAAGACAAGCAGGAGGACCUGGACAGGCCCAAGCAGAGGAGCCGCAGGAAGCCCCGGGUGCUCUUCUCCCAGGCCCAGGUCUUUGAGCUGGAGAGGAGGUUCAAGCAGCAAAGAUACCUGUCAGCCCCAGAAAGGGAACACCUGGCUAACAGCCUGAAACUCACCUCUACCCAGGUGAAAAUCUGGUUCCAAAACAGGAGAUACAAGUGCAAAAGACAAAGGCAAGACAAGUCACUGGAGAUGGGCAGCCACCACCCACCUCCACCACCCAGGAGGGUGGCAGUGCCAGUGCUGGUGAGGGAUGGCAAGCCCUGCAUUGCUGGCAGCCAGAGCUAUAACAGUGGUUAUAAUGUAGCUGCCAGCCCCUACUCUUAUAAUAGUUACCCUACCUACAGCUACAACAACAGCUCUUCCUACAACAGCAACUACAGCUGCAACUACUCGGGCAUCCCUUCCAUCCAGCACAAUGCAGGGACUAAUCCAUUUGUAAACAUGGGCAACCUGAGCCAGCUGGGCAAUGCCUCCCAGCCACAGAACCACACAGGGGCAUCCCUGCCAUCCUGCCAAGGGACACUACAAGGGAUUUGUGCCUGGUAGGACUGCUGGGACAGACAUUAUGAUGUAUUAUUGGAUAUAGGAAAUAUAUAAAUCUAUCUAUCUGAUCACAGGAGAGAUCCUCGGGAUCCAGUGCUCUCUGCUGUGUGGCCUGUGGAGUGUCACCAGCAUAUCAGAUAAAUUGCAAAGAGCCUUGUAUGAACCCCACCAGGAUCCAGGUGAAGCCUUAACCCUUUAUAUCUCUUGCUCCAAGACUGCACAUGAUGUAUAGACAGCAAUAACUGCAGGCAUAGUAAAGAAGUGCAACCCCUUCUGUGCCCAUCCUACCCCAGAUUUUAGAAGGUGCCACCUGUCAAUGUCAGCAUUCUGGUCAAAUAAACACUUAUUUAUGUUAAGCCAGCAAUGGACUACUGGACUACUACUCUCAGCAGGCUAACAGAGCAUGUUGGGACUUGUAGUCGUUUUACAGUAGUUGAAGAUUUGCCUGCAGCCAAAGUAUUCCACAAGUACAAGCAGUCAAUUCCUCCAGAGAUCAUGAGAAGAUUUAUAUAUAACGCUGACAGGUCUGCACCCCACCCCCAUAGAAGUGGCAUGCAAUUUGUGACUCAACAAAUGUUACCGUGACACUACCCACGGACUAUAUUGGGAGUGGUAGUUUCAUAGAAGCUGUACAGCCACAAGCUGCAGACCACUACUCUGAACCCCCCGAUGUAUAUAUUGACCGAUUCUAAAUUCAUAAACAUAUAUGAACCUACCAUAUGUAUGCCGACAAGCAGGGCUAAGUGACAAAGUCAACUCUGCUACAUCCAUAUCUGUGUAUGUACCAGUAGUAAGCCCUUGCCCCCUGUUUCCCUGUGUGUUGCUGGAAAUCCUUAUUUAUCAGUAUAUUCCUGUUUGAGUUACAUUAUGCAGCAUUGAUCUGUCACCUGUGACUCUCCAAGCUGGUGAGAAGCUACAGCUCCUGGGUGCACAGGCAGGCCAUGCUGGGAGUUGUAGUUACCCAGCAGCUGGAGAGCAGUAGGUUUCAGGGCCCUAUGUGUACAGUAUUCUCUGUUACCGUUGUCUGUAUCAUAGAAAAGAACGAACACUAAUUGUACAAAAGCCUGUUUUAUUACUGUACAGAGCACCUUCUACUUCCUGACAAUCUCCAGGUGAAUGCACUAGACCCUGAAUAAACGAGGUGCAAUAUCCACUGUGUGUGUCUGUGUGUGCAGGGGGUCUCGAUCAGGGGUGCAGUCUUCAUCUGUAAGGUUUAGACCUAUCCGACUCUGUCUAUGUCUGUCUAUCCCAUAUCUAUCUAUCU